AUGUUCGCAGCUCUGCCAAAGCCAAAAUACACCGGAGAAGAGGAGGAGCAAAGGCAGUCGCAAUUGCAAGUCGCCAAGCGCAGCGGCAUCCCUGCCUACGGCUCGCGCAACAACUGGAGACCUCGAGGCAAUGAAGACUUUGGAGAUGGAGGUGCCUACCCUGAAGUCUCGGUAGCGCAAUACCCUCUAGACAUGGGUAGAAAGCACGCGUCUUCGUCAAAUGCUCUGACUUUGAGUGUCAAUGCCGAGGGUCAGGUCGAUUAUACUGCCAUCGCGAAACGCGGCCACGCCGAGAAUAGAAUUGUGCACGCCUCGUUCAAGGAUCUUAUUCCUCUCAGACACCAGGCGAAUGCUGGCGAGAUCUCACUUGCCCGUCCUGAUGAGGAGACGGUCGCAGAAACAAAGCGAAAGACAGAACUGGCACUCGCUACUCUGGUCGCCGGCGCAAGCGCUGCCCAACGUCCCAAGAAUGUCAAGGGAGUCGAGAAGAGAGAAGCCUCAUACGUCCGCUACACACCCGCCAACCAGAUGGGCAACGACCACUCCAAAAAGGGCGAUCGCAUCAUGAAAAUCAUGUCCCGCCAAAUCGACCCCAUGGAACCUCCAAAGUUCAAGGCAAAGAAGAUUCCCGGCCGUCCCCCAUCGCCUCCUCCACCAGUCAUGCACUCCCCUCCCCGCAAGCUCACCGCCGAAGACCAAGAAGCCUGGAGAAUCCCCCCUACCGUGUCCAACUGGAAGAACCCCAAAGGUUACACUGUGCCUCUGGACAAGAGAUUGGCAGCAGAUGGCCGUGGCUUGCAAGAUGUAACCAUCAAUGACAAAUUCGCUUCGUUCGCAGAAGCCCUACAGACAGCCGACCGCCAUGCCCGCGAAGAAGUAAAGUCAAGAGCACUAAUGCAACAGCGCCUCGCCGAAAAGGAAAAGGAACAAAAAGAAGAAAACCUCCGCCUUCUCGCCCAAAAGGCCCGCGAGGAAAAAGCUUCCACCGCCAGAGGAGGUGCAGCAAGAGCAAGAGAAGCAUCCCGCAGCCGAAGCCGCAGCCGCAGCCGCAGCAUAUCCAGCUACUCCUCCCGCUCUCGCUCAGGCUCCGCCGCCUCCGAAGACCACUCACGCGCCGAACGCGAAAAACUCCGCGCCGCCCGCCGCGCCGACGCACAACGAGAAAUGCGUCAAAAGAACAUGGGCCACGAACGCCGCAUGCAAACCCUCGCCCGCAACCAAAACCGCGACAUAUCCGAAAAGGUAGCCCUGGGCCUCGCAAAACCUACACAGAGUAAAGAAACAAUGUAUGAUUCUCGUCUGUUUAACCAAAGCUCGGGUUUUGCAUCAGCGGGCUUCAAUGAAGAUCAAGCAUAUGAUAAACCACUUUUUGCCGAUCGAGAGGCUUUGAAUAGUAUCUAUCGUCCGCAAUUGGAUCAAGACGAUGGAGAGGAUGGGGGUGAGACGUUGGAGAGUAUUCAGAAAACAUCACGUUUUGAAACUUUGGGGAGGGCGCCAAAGGAGGGUAUGAAGAGUGCUAGGGCUGCUGAGCAGAGGGAAGGUCCUGUGGUCUUUGAACGUGAUAAUGGGGAUCCUUUUGGUGUUGAUCAGAUGAUCAAGGAUGCGCAAAAGGGUGGCAACAAGGAAGUACAGGGAAGUGCCAGUCAAGGUCGACAAAAGAAAAACUCCUCGCUCCUUCGCUGA